AUGAGUUUUGCAUCAAGUGAUAGAAAGAGUCUUGAAAGAAUAAUAAAUGUUCAAAAGAAGAUUGGUCAAAAAGGUGAUGGAGUUUUUAGAUUAUACAAAGAUCAUUUAGAGUUUGGUACCAUAGAAGCAAGGCAUAAACCUAUUUUAAAUGUUGAAAUGUCGACUAACCUACCUGAAAUUAAUAAUACCAUUUCUAAUUUGAAGAACUUAUCUGAUCUCAAGGACGAGAAACAAAAGAACACAGUUUCAGAAACUAAAUCUGAAGUGUCUAUUGAUAUGGAAUUCACUUCAAAACUGAUAACAAAUUAUGAAGUCAUUGAAGAAUUUGUAGAAAAACUAGGAAUCAAAGUAUUUACAGAAAAUAAAGAUAAAUGGAAGAAAUUUUAUAUUAGAAAGUGUCGCGAAGUCUUUAAUUAUAUUAUUUGUUGCGAUUGGGAUCCAAUCAGUAAAGAACUUGUCAGAAAUACAAUCAGAUACUAUCAUCUACUUGAAUCUGGUACUCUUAAUAAAUCAAAAGGAAUAUACAUAUUAAUCGUUCAUGGGAAAUUAAUUAAGUGUGGAGGUGAUAUAUCUUCAGAAAAAGAGGAAGAACUUGAUGAAAAAUAUUCAGGAUACUCCUAUGUAUCUAUUAUUGAAUAUUUUGUUGAAAUAUGUAAAUUUUCAGUUAAUGAUGAUAACAGAAGAAAAGAGUAG